AUGGCGGAGGCCGGAGCAGGCUCCCGGCUGCCGCCGGACGUGGACACCGACGACUGCCUCCGCGAGUACCGCCACCUCUUCAGCCCCGACAUCCUAGCGGGCCAAGUGGCGUUCAUCACCGGCGGCGGCUCGGGUAUCGGCUUCCGUAUCGCCGAGAUCUUCAUGAGGCACGGCUGCCGGACGGUCAUUGCAAGCCGGAACCUGCAGCGAGUGUCGGAGGCAUCGAAAAAGCUGGUGGCAGCCACAGGGCAGCAGUGCCUGCCUCUGUCCAUAGAUGUCAGGCAGCCCCAAACCAUUGUGGCAGCGGUGGAUGAGGCACUGAAAGAGUUCAAGCGGAUUGACAUCCUCGUUAACGGUGCUGCGGGAAACUUUCUGUGCCCAGCCAGCGCCCUGUCCUUCAACGCCUUCAAGACUGUGAUAGAUAUUGACACCAUUGGCACCUUCAACACCUCCAAAGUCCUCUUUCAGAAAUAUUUCCGGGACCACGGUGGGGUCAUCGUUAACAUCACCGCGACCCUGAGCUACCGAGGGCAGGCCCUCCAGGUGCAUGCUGGUACUGCUAAGGCUGCCAUAGAUGCCAUGACCCGUCACCUUGCUGUGGAGUGGGGACCCAACAACAUCAGGGUGAACAGCUUGGCACCGGGCCCCAUUACAGGCACCGAGGGCUACCGGCGGCUGGGUGGGAAAUUUGCUGAGGAAGCAAGCCAGUUCGACACGAUCCCCCUCCAACGUGCAGGGAACAAGACGGAGAUCGCCCACAGCACACUGUACCUGGCCAGCCCCCUCUCCUCCUACGUGACGGGCACCACCCUGGUCGUGGAUGGUGGGAGCUGGCUGACCUCUGCCAACAACUUCCCCGCCUUGCUGGGUAUUGCUUCAUCCUCUGCUAAACUCUAGAUUUCUGGGCUGCGGGAGCAAACAAAAAUCAAUGAUGG